UGUAGCAUUAUUAAAAGGAGGCGCGAGUGGUGUACAAGAACCCUUAGCCCUACCCGUGACUCGUUAUUACUGUCAGUUACUGAUUCUUUCUUUAAUAAAUCGCUGCUUUGCCGCAACAACAAUGGCUCAGCUGAAGGCAUUCUCAUAUUCCUCUACACUCUCUUCUCCUUCUUUUCAAUCAUCCAGAACCGAGCAGCUACUGCAUCAACCCAGUCAUUUCUUGAAGGCUGCAAGGCCAUCAUCACUUAAAAAGUGGGGGCCAAGAACAAGUGUUGGUGCCAGUAAGCUUCAAGUUAUAAAAGCCGUGCUACAAAGUGAGACAAAGACGGGAAUUUCUGAAAUGGAGAAGGGAAGUGGCCUACGUGGAAAACUGAAUAAGGUUGUCCUGGCUUACAGUGGUGGCUUGGACACAUCAGUCAUUGUUCCAUGGCUGAGAGAGAAUUAUGGAUGUGAAGUUGUUUGCUUCACUGCUGAUGUUGGCCAAGGUUUACAAGAAUUGGAAGGUUUAGAAGCAAAAGCCAAAGCAAGUGGAGCUUCUCAAUUAGUGGUAAAGGAUUUGAAGGAGGAAUUUGUUAGAGAUUAUAUAUUCCCUUGCCUACGAGCUGGUGCAGUUUAUGAGAGGAAGUAUUUGCUUGGGACCUCAAUGGCUCGCCCUGUUAUCGCAAAAGCCAUGGUUGAUGUUGCAAAAGAAGUUGGAGCUGAUGCUGUCUCCCAUGGGUGUACAGGAAAAGGAAAUGAUCAGGUUCGAUUUGAGCUUACUUUCUUUGCACUGAACCCCAAGCUGAAUGUGGUGGCUCCAUGGAGGGAGUGGGAUAUUACAGGGAGAGAAGAUGCUAUUGAGUAUGCCAAAAAGCAUAACGUUCCAGUUCCUGUGACAAAGAAAUCCAUCUAUAGCAGGGAUCGGAACCUCUGGCACCUUAGUCAUGAGGGUGAUAUUUUGGAAGACCCAGCUAACGAGCCUAAAAAGGAUAUGUACAUGAUGUCCGUAGCUCCAGAGGAUGCUCCAAAUCAACCAGAAUAUGUGGAAAUUGGGAUAGAGUCAGGACUACCUGUUUCAGUAAAUGGGAAGAAGCUUUCACCAUCAACUUUGCUUGCUGAGCUCAACGAGAUUGGUGGAAAGCAUGGAAUUGGCCGAAUUGACAUGGUUGAGAAUCGGCUUGUAGGUAUGAAGAGUCGCGGAGUUUAUGAAACUCCUGGUGGAACCAUCCUAUUCACUGCAGUACGUGAGUUGGAGUCUUUGACACUUGAUCGAGAAACGAUUCAAGUCAAAGAUUCUUUGGCCCUUAAGUAUGCAGAGUUGGUGUAUGCCGGUAGAUGGUUUGAUCCGCUUCGCGAGUCCAUGGAUGCCUUCAUGCAGAACAUAACCAAGACCACAACAGGUUCUGUAAAUCUGAAAUUGUACAAGGGCUCUGUUUCCGUAACUGGCCGGAAGAGCCCUUACAGCUUGUAUAGGCAAGACAUUUCAUCAUUCGAGAGUGGGCAGAUAUAUGAUCAAGCCGAUGCUGCUGGGUUCAUCCGGCUUUAUGGUCUUCCAAUGAGGGUGCGAGCAAUGCUUGAGCAGGGCAUCUGAGUGUUUCAUUUCAAUAUGUUUGAUUUAACAGGGCUCUGCAUUGUUGCACUUCAUAAAUUUUGUCACUACUUGAAUUCGAGGCUUUCAUUGUCUAUUUGCUUUCUUAGGAAAAAAUGGAUUGUAGCUACUAGCUAAGGAUUUAAUAAAUGGAUAUGGAUUGGUAAUGAUCAUUUAAACACAACCAGCAUGCUUGAUUUUAAAUUCACAUCACCAAAAUGGCAUCUCAAU